AUGGUUGAGCCCUUUUUGGGAACCUGGAAGAUGGUCUCCAGUGAAAACUUUGAAGACUACAUGAAAGAACUGGGAGUGAAUUUUGCAGACCGGAACAUGGCAGGGUUAGUGAAGCCAACUGUCAGUAUUAGUGUCAAUGGGAAAAUGAUGACCAUCAGAACAGAAAGUCCUUUCAAGAACAUUGAGAUGUCCUUUAAGCUGGGAGAAGAAUUUGAUGAAACCACAGCAGACAACCAGAAAGUAAAGAGCAUUAUAACAUUAGACAGUGGCUCAAUGAUUCAGGUCCAAAAAUGGCUUGAUAAAGAGACAACAAUCAAAAGAAAAAUUGUAGAUGGAAAAAUGGUAGUGGAAUGUACCAUGAAUAAUAUUGUCGGCACCAGAGUCUAUGAAAAGGUGUGA